AUGGAUUUGAAUGUGGAUCCGUGUGAAGACUUCUAUCGUUAUUCAUGCGGUGGAUGGUUAGAAAACACACACCUUCCUGAUGAUUCUUCCAUGAUAGGAUCCUUCUUAAGUGUUCGUGAUAAAGUUGGAUCCAGGCUGAAAGAUUUGCUUAGCAACGAAACCCUUGAAAGUGACCCAGUCUAUGAAUCAGUAGCAGAGACCUACUAUUCUGCUUGCAUGAACACAGGUAAAAUGGACGAAAGGGGAGCUAAGCCUUUGUUAGACCUGAUCAGCUCAGUAGGUGGUUUUCCUGUUAUAAAUAGCCUGUGGAGGGAAAGUGAUUUCAAUAUUGAAGAUUUAGUUAUCAAGUUAUACGAAAUAG